AGGACUCCUCAUUCAUCUUGGAAUGGGUGAUCAUUUCAAGGUGUUUGCAAUUGGAUUUUUGUUAGGAUGGUGCCAAAGACUGAUCAUGCAUCUUUGGAGAAGUCGCAAGCCUAAAUCUCCUAUGGAAGUAGAAUGGUCAACCAUUUCAGAAAAGUUUAAAAGAGACCUUCGAGAAUUAGGAAAAAAAUAUCCUGGCAUGAAGGACCCCAAUUAUGGUCGUGAAUUAUUAAAGCUCUAUAAAGAGUGGGAUCGUAAAAUGUCAGUAUUGGAGAAGGCUAUGUUUGAAGUGGAAGGGGAAGGUAUAUUGAACUUGUAAUGUGGAAUUGGCGUCACAUACACUACAAUUAGGGAUGGAUAUGGACUAGGUAUAAAAGGUGGGGACCGUUUGAAUAUGUUUCGAUUUGACUAUAGCAUAGAUUGUUGGCUAUUAAAUGCAUGUUUUUCGUUG